UCCGCCCCCGGCGCUGGCCGGGCUCGGGGCGGGCUCGCUCCCCGGCGGCAGGGGAGCGGGCGCGGGGCACUGCAACUUCGGCAAGAUGAAUGUGGAGAACCAGGAUGUGCUGCUGGAUCUGGAGGGGGAGGAGGAGGAGGAGGAAGAUGAUGAUAAUGAUGAUGGGGAGAUCGUCUUGGAACUGAACCAGGUGAUUAUUCCCACUUAUGGAACUGUGCCAGACCAGCAAAACCUUCAUACUCCUGAAUGGGUGGAUUUUGAUGAUAAGCCUGACUCCUUGUUCUUCAAAGAUGGGCAGAGAAGAAUUGACUUUGUUUUGGUGUAUGAAGAUGAAAGUAAAAAAAUGACUCAUAGGAGGAGUGAUCGUAAAAAGCAAAAGAGGAAGAGACAAGUAUAUGAAUCAAACCUGAUAAACAAUGGCUUGCAACUAGAGGCGACGAGGUCGGUUUUGGAUGAGAAACUUAUUUUUGUGAAAGUGCAUGCACCUUGGGAAGUGCUGUGCACGUACGCCGAGGUUAUGCACAUCAAAUUGCCCCUGCAACACAAUGACCUGAAAACCCGAAAGUCAGCUUUCAACUGGUUCAGUAGACUCUUCAGGGUGGACGAAAAUAUCAUCAAACCUGAGCAAGAGUUUUUCACUGCCCCUUUUCAAAAGGAACAUUUGUCCAACUUCUACAUCCAAGACAAAGACACAUUUUUCAAUCCUGCAACUAGAAGCCGAAUUGUUCAUUUUAUCCUGUCCCGUGUGGAAUACGCAACAAAAAAUAAUGUGAAAAAGUUUGGCAUUAACAAAUUACUGGACACUGGAAUCUACAAAGCAGCAUUUCCCCUUCAUGAUUCAAGUUUUAGGCACCUGUCGACUGAUCCCAGGUGCCCGAGUGAGCGAUAUCUCCUCUACAGAGAAUGGGCUCAUCCUAAAAACAUUUUCAAACUGCAACCCCUGGAUUUCAUCAGGAAAUACUAUGGAGAGAAAAUUGGCAUCUACUUUGCCUGGCUGGGCUUUUACACAAAUAUGCUGACUGUGGCUGCUGUUGUAGGAGUUGGCUGUUUUCUGUAUGGAUGCCUGACAAAGGACAACUGCACAUGGAGCCAAGAAGUAUGUGACCCCAACAUAGGAGGUAACAUCAUAAUGUGCCCUCAGUGUGAUAGAGUAUGUACCUACUGGAACCUCACCAUCACUUGUGAAUCAUCCAAGAAACUCUGUAUAUUUGAUAGCUAUGGAACACUGGUGUUUGCAGUAUUUAUGGGAAUAUGGGUUACCUUUUUCCUGGAGUUCUGGAAGCGACGGCAGGCUGAGCUGGAGUAUGAAUGGGACACAGUUGAGUACUUAGAGCAAGAAGAGCAAGUUCGCCCGGAAUACGAAGCUCGCUGCACUCACGUAGUGAUGAAUGAAAUCACACAGCAAGAAGAACACGUGCCAUACACUGCAUGUGGGAAGUGCGUACGGAUGACUUUCUGUACAAGUGCCAUCUUCUUCUGGAUCCUUUUGAUUAUUGCUUCAGUUGUUGGAAUCAUUGUCUACAGGCUCUCAGUUUUCCUGGUGUUCUCUUCAAAGUUGUCACAGCACAUCAAUGGAACGGAGGCCAUCCGCAAGUACUUGACUCCACAGACGGCCACGUCAGUAACCGCUUCCCUCAUCAGCUUUGUUGUCAUUAUGAUUCUCAACAUCGUCUAUGAGAAAGUGGCAAUCCUGAUCACUGACUUUGAACUUCCAAGGACACAAACUGAUUAUGAAAACAGUCUGACCACAAAGAUGUUCUUGUUCCAGUUUGUCAACUACUAUUCUUCAUGCUUCUACAUAGCUUUCUUUAAGGGUAAAUUUGUAGGUCACCCUGGAAGUCCAGUUUAUUGGCUGGGAAAGUAUCGCAAUGAAGAGUGUGAUCCAGGUGGAUGUCUCCUCGAGCUCACAACCCAGCUUGCCAUCAUAGUGGGAGGGAAAGCUAUCUGGAACAACAUUCAAGAAGUGCUUGUUCCUUUGGUCAAGAAUCUAAUUGGAAGAUAUUCUGCAGCUGCUAGAUCAGAAAAAGUUGUUCCACGUUGGGAACAUGACUACCACCUCCAACCCAUUGGAAAACUUGGACUAUUUUAUGAGUAUCUUGAAAUGGUGAUCCAGUUUGGCUUUGUGACCCUGUUUGUGGCGUCGUUCCCCCUGGCUCCUCUCCUGGCUCUUAUUAACAACAUGCUGGAAAUCCGGCUGGAUGCGUGGAAGCUGACAACGCAGUUCAGGCGCAUGGUUCCCCAGAAGGCACAGGACAUUGGUGCCUGGCAGCCCAUCCUGCAGGGCAUCGCCAUUCUGGCCGUGGUCACCAAUGCUUUGAUCAUUGCUUUUACAUCUGACAUGAUUCCUCGUCUGGUUUAUUACUGGUCCUUUUCGGUCCCUCCUUACGGGAGCCACAGCACUCACACUAUGGAGGGGUAUAUAAACAGCACACUUUCUGUCUUCAGUAUAUCAGACUUCAAGAAUGAAAGCAAGCCUUCUUCCCCUUGGUUCGGGAACCAAACAACAUGCAGAUACCGGGAUCUGCGCUACCCUCCUGGUCACCAGCACCAAUAUGAGCACAACAUAUACUACUGGCAUGUCAUUGCAGCCAAGCUGGCUUUCAUCAUCGUCAUGGAGCAUGUCAUAUACUUUGUGAAGUUUAUUAUUUCAUAUGUAAUUCCGGAUGUAUCAGAGAAGACCAAGAGCAAGGUCAAACGAGAGAAGUACCUCACACAGAAACUAUUGCACGAGAAUGAUCUCAAAGGUGUGAAAAAAACCAUGGGCAAAAUAGCUGACAAAAUCAUCAAAGGAGCAGACAGCACUUUCCGACCUAAAGAUGAAUAAGUAUUUUUUCAUAUGGAUAACAGUACUUGGACAUCUAAUAUCUGUCCAGAUAUUACCAAUAGCUAUCAAGCACUUUGGAUUUACUAAACAUUGUUUCUUGCAACUCUUACAUGCUCAUUUACCAGUUUACCUUGGACAAAUGCAGCCACUGCAAUGCAGAUAAGAGUUAUCAUUUUUUUUAAACGGCUUUUUAGGACUUUUAAAAAAAAAAAAAAAGAAAAAGGCAAAAAAUAUUUAUCCUCUUAAGAAGAUGCAGAUUAAUUCCUAAACACCUAGGCUGCUUUCUACUCUUAUUAGGCAUCAGCUUUUAGAUAACUAGUCUAACUUAAAUAAACCUUAAGAACAAGAAUGAUUUGCUAUAAAAAUACCAUCACAUCCAAUGAAGGACUUUUGAUUGCUUGCUAAUGCAGACCUCAGCUAUAAAAUGAAGAGGAAAAGCCAAAACAUGAAGGAAAAAGAAAGAAGAUACAACUCAAAAUCCCACUGUUAAGCCAUUGGAAUUGACAUACUAAGGAUGGUUGUUUGCUACUCUGAAUUAGCUAUGCACACUGAGACUUAAAUGGAUAACAAGAUAUUUCAAUUAAUCAUGGACUUGGAUCACAAGAAGCAACAGGACUGUAAGCCCAUCCUGUUCAUCAAUCUCUGUGUAAACAGGAGAAUUGCCUUUGAAAUCAAUGCACGCAAACUGACCUUACAGCACACCAAGUGAGGAGAAAACUCAGGCAUUUUAUCUUUCCCCAGUCAAUGUACUUCCAUUAGUUCACUUGCCCAUUCUGAGCUAGAUGCUCAUAGCCUUGAAGGUCUCCUACCUGUAAAAGCAAUAAGUGUUAAAAGUCUUUUCACAUAGUAAAUCAAUAUUUGUGGAGGGCUGUCUUUUGCAUUUCUCUCACGCCAGAACGUGCUCUUCCCUGAGGUUUUGGCAUAGGACGAAUGUGCAGCUGAACAUUUCGAUACAACAUUGCGUGAUAAAGUGAAUUCUGACAAGACUAUGAAUCUCUUGGAAUUGGAGAUUGGAAUAAACCAUUUAAUAGGCCUUAACCAUGCUGUGAAGCUUUGAAUAACAUGGAAGGAUCUCAGAGGUGGGGAGGCAUGUGAUACAGCCAUCAGUCAUCUUCAAAUCAGGCUGACCAUCUCCCCGCUUAUUUUGGCUCCAGCUGCAAACUGGGAAUUAGGGAAUUACAGAUUAGACCUGUAUGUGGGAGGGUAUUUUGCACCCAAAGGAGAGAUAUUGCAGAUUAUUAACUUGCCAAAACCUUUUUUAAAAAGAAAAAUAUGUCUGUGCUCUAUAAACCAGGUGAUUACUUUGUGUUUGUAAUUUUGUACUCUUCUUAAAUGCAAUCAAUAUGCAGAAUUUUCAGGCAGAUUAUUCAUAUGGCUUUUUAAGUAUGAAGUCCAUUUACAGAAUUUAAAUAGCAUUUUAUCCAGUCAAUAAUCAGAAGGAAUUAAACCUAUGAAUUUUGCAGCAAAAUCUCCAAAUACUGAAUGCCAUGUAAUUCAAGCCUGUCUUUUGAAGCAAACCCUACAGAAUCAUAAGAUCAUUCAGACUGGAAAAGACCUUUAAGAUAUCAAGUCUAACCAUUAACCUGACACUGCCAAGUCCACAACUAAACCAUGUCCCUGAGUGCCACAUCUAGAUGUCUUUCAAAUACCACUCUGUGAGCCUGGCCAUCCAGCCAGUUUUUUGUCUAGUGUGCAGUAGGUCUGCCCAAGCUGUGAGCAGAUCAGCACCCGUACAGCCCCAGGGACUUGUGGCUGUCUAAGUGGUGUAGCAGGUCACUGACUGUUUCCCCUUGGAUUAUGAGGGCUUCAUUCUGCUCCCUGCCCCUGUCUCCCACCUCUGGGGGCUGGGUUCUCAGAGAACUGGGUCCUACUGCCAAAGACUGAGGCAAAAAAGGCAUUGAGUACCUCAGCCUUUUCCUCAUUUUUGUCUGAGUGUUUUCCACCACAUCCAAUAAAGGAUCAAGAGUCUCCUUAGCCCUCCUUUUGUUGCUAAUAUGUUUAUAGAAACAUGAUUAUUGUCUUUUGCAGCAGUAGACAGAUCAAGUUCUAGCUGGGCUUUGGUACUUCUAAUUUUCUCCCUGCAAAGCCUCAUAGCAUUAGUCUUCUUGAGCUGUCUGCCCCUUCUUUCAAAGGUCAACAACUCUCCUUUUUUACCUGAGUUCCAGCCAAAGCUUUCUGUUCAGCCAGGCUGGUCUUCUCUUUUUUUGAAUAUUUCUGGGGAUGGAGAUUCCACAACCUCUCAGGGCCACCUGUGCCACUGCUCAGUCAUCCUCACAGUGAAAAAGUGUUUCAGUUUCUGCCCACUGCCUCUGGUCCUGUCACUGCAUAUAUACCAAACUUUCAGUUAAAACCAACUUUUGUCAAAGAAACUGUUUCAAGGAACAGUUUUAGUGAAGUACUCAGGAUUUCCCUGUGGAAAAUGAGUUGGGUUAGAAAGGACAGUUGACUCCAUUCAUCCUUGGAGCUUUUGAUUUUAACUUUCAACUGGACCUUUGUCAUUUGCAGUUGUGUUCAGAUGGGAGAUGGCAUUUUUAUUCCCUCAUCAGUGAUCACAGCACCAGUGUGCCUUAAAUACCUUUCCAGAUGUGGUGUUAGAGGGCUGGGGCAGGUAAGGAGGCAUCCUGUGAUAAAGGAGGGAAAAUACAGCACAAAAUGGACCAUUUCAGGUAAUUAUUUGGUCUUAAGGAAGCUCUUUGAGAGUUAAAGAGACUAGGAAACAAACUAAUUGUCAUAUUGUGAGCAGUAGCAGAGCUUAAGGCUGAUUUUCAGAAGUGCCUAGACUUAUGCUCCCUGCUUGACACUUGGGGAGUCUCCAAGUUGUUUCUUCCUACAUCAGUUGGCAUCAUUUCCUAAAGGGAGAGUUAGCCCCCAGUGUCAUAAAGAGUUUCUAUUCCUGCCUUUAAAAUAACAAUUAAAAAACCUGCUACAUCGGCAAAGCCUAUGUGCCUAUGGCUUGGGCUCCUCCCAUAAUAAAAUCCUAAUCAGCCCUGAGUGUGUUUCUAUGUAAUCUUUUUUGUUCAGAUGACAAAGGUGCUUUGGAAACCAGUCUUCCACUUGUCUCCAUUUUCUGGGAGAUGUCACAGAUUAGUCUGGGCACUCAUGGACUGAAUUCCUUUUGGUUCAAACUGACCCAGAAGGCAGCUUUUAGAUAUGCACUUAGUGGUCACUGACGGGCCCUUAGUCUGCUGAAACCAGGCUGAAGAGAGUGGUGAGCUCUGCAUGGGCAUCACCUAGCCAACAUUAACUUUUUGCUCGAGUGAUUUGCUUCUGAAAUGCCAUGCUCCUUGCUAAUGUAGCUGUAACAAUUCAUUUCAGAAGACAUUACAUCAGGAAUUCAGUUCAGUUUGCCAUGUGCUCAGUGUUAUUCACAGCAGAGCUCUGAAUCAGAGAAAGAAGAGGGAGACCAACACAGUGCCUAAUAAUAAUUGCAUUUUAAUAGUUUGAUUUAAGCUGUGCAGUUCCUGAAGCCUCUACCUCCAGCUGCUGAAAUGUGCUCUGCUUGCAUGCCGGAAGCUCUGAGGAGGCAUGAGAACAAAAUGCUGGGGGCCAGUUGCCAACAUAUAAGUAUUUGUAAUUUUUUUUUUUUUUUUUUUAGUCUUUGUCACUUUAAUUAAAGAUCUGCUUGAAGGGAAAAUCAGCAUUUGUUUUAAACUCUGACUCCAUUUUACCUUUUUUCUACACUUGAUAUGUAGACCACACUCCUACUUUGUAUAGAUCUAUUGAAGUCAGGGUGAAUUUGGACCAGUGACCAUUUCAUUGCCUUACCAAGCACCCUAAAUUACAGACCAUCACCACUGUUUUAGACUGUGUAUGUCAAUAAAAUUCGGAAUGUAAGAGUGUGUUUUUUAUUUUUUCUAAGAAUGUUUGCAACUAGUUUCUGAAUAUUAAGAUUUCUUUAUAUUUAUUGUCAUUAAAUAAAGUCUAUUUUAAAAUAUCAA